AUGACAGUGACCGGAAUUUCUUCAAUCUUUGGCCGUCUUUUCCGACACGACAAAACCCACAAGUGCAUUAUCCGUACACAACCCAAAACUUCAGUGACUCACCAAAUUCUUGACCACCUCGAAGGCGGUAACAUCUCGAAAGCCGUCUCUGUCCUCUUUGCUUCUCCAGAGCCAGUUGCGUAUUGGCUAUACGAGCGACUUUUCCGUUCUUGUUCCUCGAAAUCCCUUAUUGUUCAAGCCCGUAAAGUCGAAUCCCACUUGCUAACUUUCUCUCCGUUGCCUCCGAUUUUCCUCUUGAACAGAGCCAUUGAAGCUUAUGGGAAAUGUGGGUUUGUUAAUGAUGCGCGUGAACUGUUCGAGCAAAUGCCUGAACGAGAUGGUGGGUCCUGGAACGCUGUGAUUACUGCUUGUGCUCAGAACAAUGUCCCUGAUGAGGUAUUUCGUACGUUUCGUAGGAUGAAUAGGGAUGGAAUUCGAGCAACAGAGACUUCUUUCUCUGGUGUUUUAAAGUCAUCUGGUUUGAUCUUGGACCUGAGAUUAGUGAGGCAACUGCAUUGUGCUGUGAUGAAGCAUGGGUUUUCUGGGAAUGUAGAUUUGGAGACUUCGAUUGUUGAUGUUUACGGGAAAUGUCGGGUUAUGAGCGAUUCGAGAAGAGUGUUUGAUGAGAUUCAAAACCCUAGUGAUGUUUCAUGGAACGUGAUUGUGCGGCGGUAUCUUGAGAUGGGUGAUAAUGAUGAGGCAGUGGUAAUGUUCUUUAAGAUGCUAGAGUUGAAUGUUCGACCUUUGAAUCAUACCGUUUCUAGUGUAAUUUUAGCCUGUUCAAGAUCCCUGGCCCUUGAGGUGGGAAUGGUAGUCCACGCCAUUGCUGUCAAACUUGAUUUUGUGCCAGACACAAUUGUUUCUACUUCUAUCUUUGAUAUGUAUGUAAAAUGUGGCAGAUUGGAGAGGGCUCGUAAAGUAUUUGACCAAACAGAGUCAAAAGAUUUGAAAUCUUGGACUUCAGCGAUGUCGGGGUAUGCAAUGAGUGGUAUGACUAGAGAGGCAAGGGAGCUCUUUGAUCUGAUGCCUGAAAGAAAUAUCAUCUCGUGGAAUGCAAUGUUGGGAGGAUAUGUACGUGCUAGCGAAUGGGAUGAGGCACUGGAUUUUCUCAAUUUGAUGCGCCAGGAGAUUGAAGAUAUUGAUAAUGUCACUCUUGUGUGGAUUCUAAAUGUCUGCUCCGGUAAAUCAGAUGUUCAAAUGGGGAAGCAAGCUCAUGGUUAUAUAUACCGGCAUGGAUAUGAUACAGAUGUAAUUGUAGCCAAUGCACUUCUUGAUAUGUAUGGAAAAUGUGGUAGCUUGCAGAGUGCCAACGUUUGGUUCCGCGUAAUGAGUGAACUUAGGGAUGAGAUUUCUUGGAAUGCUUUAUUGACUGGUUUAGCUCGAGUUGGCCGGAGUGAACAAGCCAUAUCUUUCUUUGAAGGGAUGCAACUUGAGGCAAAACCUAGCAAAUACACACUCGCAACGCUCUUAGCGGGUUGUGCAAACAUUCCUGCUCUUAAUAUAGGCAAAGCAACCCACGGGUUCCUGAUCAGAAAUGGCUAUGAAAUUGACAUCGUUAUACGGGGUGCUAUGGUUGACAUGUAUUCCAAAUGCCGAUGUUUGGACUAUGCGAUCGAAGUAUUCAAAGAGGCAGCUACGCGGGACUUGAUCCUAUGGAACUCAAUUAUUCGUGGAUGCUGUCGUAAUGGAAGAAGCAAAGAGGUGUUUGAGUUGUUCAUGCUUAUGGAAGAUGAGGGAGUUAAGCCUGACCAUGUCACAUUUCUAGGAAUCUUACAUGCUUGCAUACGCGAAGGUCAUGUUGAACUGGGUUUUAAGUAUUUCAGUUCUAUGAGCACCAAAUAUCUUAUACUACCGCAGGUUGAGCAUUAUGAUUGUAUGGUUGAACUCUAUUGCAAGUAUGGAUGCUUGCAUCAGCUUGAAGAAUUUCUCCUCUUGAUGCCUUUUGAUCCAAAUAUCCAAAUGUUGUCAAGGAUAUAUGGUGCUUGCCAAAAUUAUGGCUGGCAAAAGUUAGGAGCAUGGGCUGCUAAACGGCUUAAUGAAUGA